CGGCAAUGUUGAAUUAUUAAAAUUAAUCAAUCCUCUGCAUCUUAUGAUGGAUGCAACAUUUUCAGUAGUACCGAGAAAGCCAAAAGCUCAUCAACUUUUUACUAUUUUAGCUAUAGUAAAUAAUACCGCGAUACCAAUUUUGUGGAGCCUAAUGGAAAAAAAAACUGCCUCGGCGUACACAAAGUUAUUGAAUUACUUUUCAACUAUCCUUUCACCUCAAAUACAGCCUACAUUUAUUACAUCAGAUUUUGAGGUCGCUUUAGCACUUGCAAUACAUUCAAAUUUUCCUGAAGCUACACAUUCAAGAUGCUUUUUCCACUAUACUCAGGCCAUUACAAAACGGUUAAAGAAAUUAAGAUUGCUUCCUUUCCUUCAACAGUGUCGGAUGGCGAGAGUCAUCAUGAAGAAAUUUAUAGCAUUACCUCUAUUGCCACCUGAAGAUAUGAGAGAAGCUUACGACUGGCUAUUACAGAAUAUUCCUGAGUGUAUGAAGAGUAUUUUUCAUAAAUUCCUUACAUAUUAUGACCGCCAAUGGGUUCAAUUAACACGGGCAGAGUGUUUGAGCGUAUUUAAAAUGGUACAUCGAACAAACAACUUUUCCGAAGCAUACAAUCGACUUCUUACACUUCUAUUUGGUGAACAUCCUUCAAUAUGGAAAUUUACAGCUAAUAAAAAAGAAGGUGAUGUUAAUGGUACAGAAGACGAUGAAGAUGCUAGUAGUUUGAAGCAAGAAAUUGAUAAUUCUAAAUGA